CAGCGGGCGGGCGGCGAGGCCGCGCCCAGCGAUGAGGCACGAAGCGCCCAUGCAGAUGGCAUCCGUUCAAGAUUCCAGAUAUGGCCAGAAAGAUACAUCUGACCAGAACUUUGAUUACAUGUUCAAACUGCUCAUUAUCGGCAACAGCAGUGUUGGAAAAACCUCAUUUUUGUUCCGAUAUGCUGAUGAUUCCUUUACAUCUGCGUUUGUAAGCACGGUUGGAAUCGAUUUCAAAGUAAAAACAGUUUUCAAAAAUGAAAAAAGAAUUAAGCUACAGAUUUGGGACACAGCAGGCCAGGAGAGGUAUAGAACAAUUACCACAGCUUACUACCGGGGUGCAAUGGGCUUUAUUUUAAUGUAUGACAUCACAAAUGAAGACUCUUUCAAUGCCGUGCAGGAUUGGUCAACUCAAAUCAAAACGUACUCUUGGGAUAAUGCCCAGGUUAUUUUGGUUGGAAACAAAUGUGACAUGGAGGAUGAACGAGUAAUCUUCACUGAGAGGGGAAAACAUUUAGCAGAGCAACUUGGAUUUGAAUUUUUUGAAACAAGUGCCAAGGAAAACAUUAAUGUCAAGCAGACGUUUGAGCGACUUGUGGAUAUCAUCUGUGACAAAAUGUCAGAAAGUCUGGAGACAAAUCCCACCAUUGCUGCCAGCAACCAGAACACACAGCUAAAGGACACCCCUCCUCCACAGCAGCCCAACUGCAGCUGCUAAUGCAGCUAUCAGCAA